AUGGAAAAGUUUUCGCAGUUUCGCGACCGAGGUUCUGGGGUGUCACCUUUCCUGCCAGUGACAACCCUGUCGUCGCAGCUUGCAAGACUUGGCCAUGCAAUCUGUUUUUGCAUUCGACUUCCCCUCCUGUUGUUCUACGCUGGAGUGUACUUUCUCUUCCUUCAGUACAUUCCGCUACCGGUAGUGAUUCGGAAGCUUCUUUUAUGGAUAUUCCUGGCCAUCCCUGCGGUUUGGUGGGUGGAUGUGCAGCUGGACGGCGUGAGGCGCGGGUUGCUGAGCCAGCAGCCACGUACCCGUGUGCCACACCCUGGAUCUGUCAUUGCCGCGAGCUUCAGCUCUCCGCUUGAUGCGCUCUACCUAGCCGCUGUCUUCAACCCCAUCUUUGUUGCCAGCCAUCCGCGCUCGCGCAAAGUCCGGCGCAUCAGCUUGUUGAAGGCCGUAUGUUACGCACUCUCGGCAGAUUUUCAACUCGCAGACUCGAUCGAGUCGCAACCGGGUGGUAGUCGAGGCCUUACGGACCUUCGUGCGCUUCUUUCGCGGUAUCCAAACCGUAUCAUUGUCGUCUUCCCCGAGAGCGGGACGACCAACGGCCGUGGUGUGCUUCCUUUGAGCCCAUGCCUCCUGACGACUCCUGCGGAGAACGCCAUCUUCCCCAUCUCUCUGCGGUACACCCCCCCGGAUGUGACGACUCCCGUUCCUGGCUUCCGAGCUUGGAUUCGCUUCCUCUGGAACUUACUCGGCCGGCCAACUCAUUGCGUGCGCGUCCGUAUUGCUGAGCCAAUCUACAAUACAUCUCGCGCAACAAAUGGUGGUGACUGGGUUAACGUGCCACCACCACGUGCCCAACAGCAACAGCAGCAGGAGGGAGAUGGUGGCCCCGGAAAUCGGGAGGAGCAGGCUUUGCUGGACAACGUCGCCGAAGCGCUUGCUCGACUUGGAAGGGCGCACCGGGUAAACCUUACACUAAGAGAUAAGAAGGCGUUUGUCAAUGUAUGGGUUAAACGCUAG